AUGGAUUUCCUAAGCAUCUGUCGGUUUUGUUUAGCAGAGAAUCUACAGCUCUGUUCAAUAUUCGAUGUCUGUGAAGGAACAAAUAUUAAAUUUACUGAAAUUAUAGCAAAUAUAGCAGGAAAUGAAAUACAAAUUGAUGAAUUAGACUUACUAUCCAAGAAUAUCUGCUCUUCCUGUAAAAGCCAAUGCAAGGAAUACUUAAGGUUUCGUGAAACAAUAGUGUCAAGUGCUGAAUAUCAACUAAAAACGCUUCAACAGAACAUUAAACAUGAUGAGGAUCAGUAUGAAGAAAUUAUAAUAAAUGAACUGGAAAUAGACAAUGAUGAGGCACAGAAGGAACUGGAUGAAGAUUAUUCAGCAUUAGAAAUUGAGUCAAAUGAUCAUGUCGAUGUAUUAUUAAGUGAGGCAUAUGAAGGAUUUAUAACAGCAUCCAGUGAUGAAGAAUCUGAUGAAAAUUCAUGUUCAAAAUGCGAUAAACACUUCCCCACUAAAAGGAAACUGUCUGAUCACAUGAAAACUCAUUCCACAAAAGUAAGACUCCAUGAAUGCUCAACAUGUAAGAGGAAAUUUCUCUCAGAAAUGCAGCUACUAAAACACGAAAUAAUUCAUUCUGAUCUUAUAACGCAAAUCAAAGACGAAAGUGCUUACCGAUGCAUAAUUUGUAAAGAGGUUGUAAGUGACAAACAGGAGCUAGACGAACACAUGAGAGAACAUAAAAUUAAUUUUGAGACUGACUCAAAUCAAUGCAUUGAAUGUAACAAAAGUUUUGAUAAGUUUGUGGCACUAGUCAGGCAUUUGAAGAAGCAUGACGAGAACAAGACACAUUUAUGCAAGAUUUGUAACAAAACGUUCGCACUUGGACCUGAGCUAAUUGAGCAUUUGAAUAGACAUAAAGGAUUUCGACCUCACACGUGCCAUAUUUGUGGGAAAUCUUAUCAUCAGGCAUCAAAGUUGAAGGUUCAUUUGGACACUCAUUCGGAAGAAAAGAGCUUCCUAUGUACCGAAUGUGGAAAAAGCUUUAACCGCAAUAGCAACCUCAGACAGCACCUCCUACGUCAUAGUGGUGUCAAACCAUUCUCAUGCCCCCAAUGUCCAUCAAAAUUCAUAAGCAAAGGCAAUCUUAAAGCACAUAUGAUAACACACCAAAAUGCUAAGCCAUACGUCUGUAAUGUAUGCGGAUCACGAUUUACUCAGUCAUUCUCGUUAGUCAAGCACAAUCGAAUACACACUGGGGAUCGUCCCUAUUCAUGUGAAUUGUGUUCUAUGCGAUUUUACUCAUCUGAUCACUUAAAGAGGCAUGUAAGGACUCAUACAGGUGAAAAGCCCUUCAAGUGCCCAUUCUGUCCAAAAGCCUUUGCCCAAAACGGAGACCUUAACAAGCAUAAAAGGAUACAUGUUGGAGAGAAUACAUACAUUUGUGACUUUCCAGGAUGCAAAGACUCAUUCAGACUACUCAGUGAACUACGAGAUCAUCAUAAAAUCCACUACUCAACAGAUCAAGAUAACUAUGAGGGUGUAGACAGCAUCAUUGAUGACGAGAAGCCCAAUAUUACAUAA